AUGGCUCCAAGAGGACGAAAGCCGGCAUCGGCAGCUACCGGAAGCUCCAAAACCACAGUCUCAUCGGGCAAGACAGCAUCAACAGCCGCCUUAGGCACCUCCCCCUCUGCCUCAAAGGUGACAAAGAGCUCCAAAGCACCCGGAGUGAAAGCCUCAGGGUCAGGAGCGGGAGCAAAGCCAGGAUCCAAGGGAGGCAAGCGACCAAGGAAAUCAACAGAUGGGCAACCCGGUGUGCAACCCGGCGAUCCAACCCCCAAAGGCCGCCGCCACCGCUACAAACCCGGCACCGUUGCGCUGAAAGAAAUCCGCAAGUACCAACGCUCCUACGACCUGCUUCUCCGCAAACUGCCCUUUGCGCGCCUCGUCCGUGAAGUCGCGCUCGAUAUGCUCCCUGCCGAUGUCGGGUCCCAACUGCGAUGGCAGUCGCAUGCAAUCCAAGCGCUUCAGGAAGCUGCUGAAGCGUUCUUGGUUCACUUGUUCGAGGACACGAAUCUUUGCGCUAUCCACGCGAAACGAGUUACUAUUAUGCAGAAGGAUAUUCAGCUUGCAAGGAGGAUUCGUGGGGCUUGGGGCGGUCUUGGUUAA